AUGGCACCAUCUUCAAAGCUCGGCUUCAUCGAUUUCCUGGACGAUUCGAAUCAAACCAAAGAAAAUGGCACGAAUAAUCCACAACCCGAAGUUACAAAACAGGACUGGGUUUGGAGAAAUGUUCUUAUCAUGGGCAUUUUACAUUUAAUAGCGCUACAAGGAUUGUGGUACAUGAUUACUGGCAGUUUAAAGUGGCAAACGAUAGUUUUUAACAUCGCCUACGUUUCGUUCACGACGACCGGAGUAACGGGCGGCGCCCACAGGCUCUGGGCCCACAGAACCUACAAAGCCAAGCUGCCGUUCAGAAUAUGGCUGAUGCUCGGCCAAACGGGCGCCCUGCAAAACGACAUCUACACGUGGGUGCGCGACCAUCGCGCCCACCACAAAUUCACCGACACCGACGCCGAUCCGCACAAUUCGACGCGCGGCUUCUUCUUCUGCCACGUCGGCUGGCUGCUGAUGAAGAAACACCCCGACGUCGCGCUCAAAGGGAAAAAAAUCGAUCUGAGCGACGUGGAAGCCGACCCGGUCGUCAUGUGGCAGAGAAAGUAUUACAUACCGUUAAUACUGCUGUUGACUCUCAUCAUACCAACGUACGCACCUGUAUACUUCUGGGGCGAGCUAUUCUACUACUCCUUCUGCAUCAGCAUCUUCAGAUACGUGCUCUCCUUGAACGGCACUUGGCUGGUAAACAGCGCAGCUCACAUGUGGGGCUACAAACCCUACGACAGUACUAUAAACCCAACGGAGAACAGGUUCGUCUCGACCAUAGGUUUCGGUGAAGGAUGGCACAACUACCACCACACGUUCCCCUGGGACUACAAGGCGGCGGAAUUGGGCAACUACAGGAUGAAUUUGACCACGGCCCUGCUGGAUUUCGCUGCGUACAUAGGACAGGCGUACGAUCUGAAGACGGUGUCGCGGGAGAUGGUGCAGAAGAGGGCGCGACGGACGGGAGACGGCUCGUGGGAGAUUCGCGAAAGUUCGGGCGAGGAGAAAGCUGAGGAAAAGGACGGUCGAAAGUUCCACGAGGAUUGCGUUUGGGGUUGGGGCGAUGUCGAUAUGAAGGAGGAAGAGAAGAAUAGCGCUAACGUUACGUAUGCGAGAGAUGAAGAUAAAGCGAUGUGA